AUGACGCUCUACUACACACUGGUAUUUCUGCUCCUGGUGGCAGAAAUAGCCCUUUUCAUGCUGUUGAUCCUUCCGCUGCCCUUCAAUGUGCGACGGAAGCUGUUCACCUUUAUUUCGGAGAACCCCAUUGUUGCCAAAUUCCAAUACUGGUUGAAGAUCACAUUUGUUUUUAUCCUCGUCCUUUUCAUCGACAGCGUCAACCGUGUCUACAGGGUUCAGCAAGAACUGGCCGCCACCUCGGAGGCCCAUGGCAAUGGCGGACAUGCCAUCCACGGUCACGAGCGCCUUGAAGUCCAAGCGCGCAAGUUCUACUCUCAACGCAACAUGUACCUCUGCGGCUUCACCCUCUUCCUGUCGCUCAUCCUGAACCGGACGUACAUCCUGAUCCUGGAGGUUCUCCGCCUGGAAGAAAAGCUGAAGCAGUACGAAGGUAACAGUGCCUCCAAGAGGCAGGGUAAAUCUUCGUCCGAAAAGCAGUCUGCCGAAAAUAAGGACGAAGAGAUUGCGCGCCUCAAGCGUGAGUUAGCCCUGCGCGAGCAGGAUCUUGCCACACUGAAGAAGCAGGCCGCAGGCUUGCACCGCGAGUACGAUUCACUUGCGGAAAAGUACAGCAAGACACAGGACGAUGGGACGCCCAAGAAGGAGAAAUAG